GUGUACGUUACAAACUGUAAGCUAAUAGCACUGAUGAACGUUUCCAAUAAUGUCUGUUCAACAUAUGUUUGUUUUAAUUAAAAGCUGGAUAAUCUGUUUACAGGUAGACAUUAUUCAGUGCCUAAUUCCUAGCGAUUACAGAGCGAAUAAUCAUUACCUUAUAGCAAAGUAGCGAGUCUAUGCACUUAAAGGUUUUUCUGAUACUCACAUUUUUGCUCUAGUACAAAUGUUAUGAUGCGAGAUGCGGACUUGAUUGUUUGUUCAAUGGAGUAAUGAAUACAACAGUAUAAAUAUUUAUUGGAUAUUGUUCAACUUGUAAAGAAGCAAAAUAGACACACAGGCUGAGUAAAGAAACCAUUCACAAAACCGAGCAGCGUGUGUAGAAUAUGUUUCUUUCUAACUUGGAACUGUUCUUAGAAUAACUGAACGCUUCAUUACAAUUAUGUUAUAACGUUUCGCUCAUCUUGUUAUAACUGAGUUACAACUGUUAUAAUAUUAUGAAUAGUGCCUCGUGCACGAAAACAAAGUUCAGUUCAUGAUACAUUGAAUGUACUCUUUGGCUCGCUGGAAUUUUGGAGUAAUAAAACUACCAUGUCAGUACACAGGACAGUUGUUAUUGCAAUAGACGACAGUUUUCAUUCAGAAUUCGCUUUUGACUUUUACGUGAAAAAUGUACACAGAGAAGGAGAUCGGAUAGUUCUUGUUCAUGUCCCUGAAUACAGCAACGUAUUGUCAACCUCAUCAUUGUUGACGGAUCCAAACAUUGUGUCUGAUCUUCUGAAAGAUAAUGAGGAAAGAGUUAGCGACCUUGUAGAGAAGUAUUCCAUGAAAAUGAAAGAAUGUAACGUAAGACUUCAUUUACCAGGUUUUUUUCCUGUAAAUUGUGUACAUGCGUGUAUGUGUAUGAAUUUACGUGGUCACGUCAAGCAGCAGUGCGGGAAACCAGGGGAAGCUAUUGUAGAGGCUGCAAAAGAAGAAGAGGCAUCAAUGUUGAUACUGGGAACCAGAGGAAUGGGUUUGAUUAGAAGAACAUUUACCGGAAGUGUCAGUGAUUAUUGCUUACACCAUUCGGAUAUUCCAGUUCUUAUAUGUAGGCAUAGACCGCAUAUCAAACAUUCAAGUGAACACCAUUCUUAACAAUUUUCAUUAAUCUCAAAACGGUCACAGUGUGACGUUGCAUCUGGAUUUUCAUAAUGGUAUUAAAGGAUGUUUGUUCUGUUGCCAAUAACAGACGGCAAAAUUAAAAGGAAUAUUUUGAGUAUGUGAAGAACAACAUCUUGUAUGUUCUAUGAACACGAGAUUGAAAACAUAGAGACACUCAUGUUAGACGAUUAAACCAAUUACCAUUGUAACAACGUUCUUAAGGAAUAUUUCUUUGAACAUGCUUAAUGGUAUAAAAGGAAAAAUCGAUUCAUUUCAGGUACCAACACGAGAAGUAUAAAUCGAAACACAAUGAGUACAAGUAUGACUUUAAUAUUAAUUUAUAGGACAUCUUAACCAUAUUAUGUUUUAUAAUUGUGCGUAAUCUUAUUGACAUAAACCAAUUAAACGGGAAUUCUGAAUCCUCGAGUUACAGUUAGGAAUCUGGACAAAAACUAGUAUGAAACUUUAGUUGAUAUGCAAGUGUUUUCCAAGAACAUUAAAAGUAUAAAAAGUACUCUAAUUGAUGUUUAAGCCCUUAUGCUUUGAUUAUUUUAUUUAAAACUGGAGCAUCUACUACAUCUGGAAAAUUGAAUAAAAUCGUUUAAGUAGGAAUAACACAGGCAUUUUCUUACUGAAUAUUUAACGAUUAAAAAGUAGUAGAAAUAGAAAGGAUGCUACGUUU